AUGUCAUUCCAAGCAGCAAAACGCCGUCGGCUUGACCAAGCAACAUCCACGCUUUCCAAGCCAUUCAAAUCUCCGCUCCGCAAACAAGUCCAAAACACAUCUGCAGAAUACGGUGUAGAGAAACCAGACAGCUUAAUAAAAUUAGAAGAGCCGAUUAAAGCCGCUGCUGCUCACACAACUACCCCCAGAAACACACAAACAACACAGAGCAUCAUUAACAGCCCGUGCACCCCAUCCGCGGUGAUUAAAAGACCCACCACAAUCCCACCAACCGCGCCACGUGCCAGCGCUUCCACCACAUCAUCGACACCAUCACCAAGCGCAUCUCCUGAACUCGUCACUCUCCAGAAGCAGCACUCUGCCCUGACCACCCGCCUUGCAAAACUACGCAGGGAACUUGAUCUCGCUACACAGGCUCUAAAGCUCGAGCAGUCCGGGCAAGAUGCGGAGCUUGAAAUUCUGAUCGCCAAGUGGAAGAGGGUGAGCCGGGAGGCGGCGGAGGAACUGUUUGUUGGAGCAGAAGAGAGGGUGAAAAGGAUGGGUGGCGUUAAAGGUUGGAGAGAGAAUAUGAGAAAGGCCCAGGAGAGGAGGGCGGGGUGGGAUUACGAUGACCAAAAUGUUGGGAGUGAUGUGGAGGAGGCUGAGAGAGGGAGGGCAGAGAUCGAGGGUGAGAUCGAGGUUCACGAGGGUACGAGUGCGAGCAAAAAUGGAAACAGAGGCAGAAACGGGGAAAGCGAUGAGGAUGAGUUCCGUGAUGCGCAGAUUAGUAACUGUCUAAGUAAACUCUAUAUCGUCAUAAUCCAACGCUGUUCUGUAUUUCUGUCGAUGAAUUCGGAGCAGCCUCUUAAAAUAGAAGAGUCUACAGUCUUGCCCAUUCCUUCUCUCUACACGUUUAUAUUUGUCAAAACAUACUCCAUCAAGCCCCACGCCAGAUAUGCUCUCACGUCGACAUUAUCCAACAUAGGACCUGCGAACCAUGAGAUGGAAAAUUCGGGUUUUCGGCUAUCUGCUUCGACAUCGGCUAGGCUCUCGGGAUCCCAGGGCAGAAUCCAGUCGCCGAUAGAUUUGGUCAUCUGUCCUAUAGAAGAAGUCAAACUCACCAUUGAGGGUAAUGCCAAUUUCCCCACCAUCAAUGGUCUUGAACUCCUCUCUGUAAAUAUUCACGGCAACACCAUGAGCAACAAGGAGGUUAUGGCCAACAAUCCAGGGAUCGCGGCUACUAUCAUCCCCAGCACUUUUGGACCGGUCACGAGAACAUCCUGGAGCAAAUAA